GAUGAAUUUAAUUUAUAUAUUAUCAAUUAUAACGUUCACAAAUGCUAUCAGAGUUGCUAUAGUUGGCUCAGGCGCUGCUGGAUCUACAGCUGCGUAUUAUCUAACUAAAGCUGCUGAGCAGAAUGCGGGAGAUGUAGAUAUAGAUGUAUUUGAGAAACGCUAUGUAGCUGGUGGAAGAUCUCGUGUAGUUUUCCCACAUAACAAUGAAACAUAUGAUUCCGUCGAACUUGGUGCUAGUAUCUUUGUUGAUGCUAACAAGAAUAUGGUUAAAGCUGUCAAUGAUUUCGACUUUGACCUCGCAGAUAAAGGCACAGAUGGUUUUGGCAUAUAUAAUGGAAAGAAUUUCGUCUUCAAAUCAUCAUCAUGGACCUAUCUAGAUUACGUCAAGCUGAUCUGGAGGUAUGGUUUCAGUGCACCUCGUAAAGUUCAGACGCUAGUAAAGCAAGCCAUUGAUAAAUUUCUACUUCUCUAUAAUCCAGAAUUCAUACGCAACCACGGUCCCUGGGAACACGUAGAUGAUAUGCUUGCUGAUCUUGAUAUGAUCGAUCUAGUCAAAGAAGAUGCUCUGUCAUACUUCACGAACAGCCUAUUCGCUAAUGAGGUCGUAGAGGCAGCUACACGCGUCAAUUAUGGCCAGAACCUCGACACUAUUCAUGCCCUAGGUGCAUUGGUUAGUAUGGCUGGUAGUAAUGGAAUGUCAGUAGAAGGUGGUAACUACAAAAUCUUUGAGCGUUUUCUAGAAGAGUCGAAUGCUCAUGUUCAUUUCGGUUCCGAAGUUAUCGAUGUCCAAAGGUCCCGCAAUAACCAAUGGGAGGUAUACCUCACGUCUGGAAAGACUGCUGAAGAUUAUGACUACCUCAUUCUAGCCGCUCCCCUGCCGAUCUUUCAGGUACCAUAUGUAAAACUUCAUGUUACGCUACUCACGACAAACGCAACGACGUAUGCAGAUAAUGCACUACCAGGGCUAGGAGAGAACCCUCCUACUAUGAUACUGACGACUAACGAAGAAGCCAGGAAACACUCCAGUUACUUUACCAAGCCAAGCCCGCUUAAUUUCAAUAGCAUAAACUAUGUACAGCAGGCAAAGGAGGGCAGUGAUGAACAUGUGGUGAAGAUAUUUUCAGAGGAUGACGAUGCUUGGAGUGAUGGCGAUCUGCACAGCCUUUUUGGCGGUCCGCAAAACGUGAGAUGGAUACAUCGCCACACAUUCAACGCGUAUCCAUACCUACAGCCAAGGAAGCAGAUCGAGGACCUCCCGCCGUUUAAAAUCGAUGAAGGGUUGUAUUAUACCAACGUGAUGGAACCAAUGAUAUCGACUAUGGAAACGGAGACUAUUUCUGCUAGGAAUGUAGUCGGAUUGAUAUCCGCCAAGCUGAAUUGGACACGUGGUUGGAAAGACGCCUGCUUAAAUACAAAUUCUGAUUGGGUAUUUAUAAGUUGUUGAUUGUACAGCAUUAUUUUAUUUUAAGACAGGAACGACCACUUAGUUACGCGUUCGAGACUUAUAAAAC